AUGGAAAAGGCCAGUGGCAUACUUAUCCAAGCAGCUAGACCCUGUGACUGCAGGGUGGCCAGGGUGUUUGAGAGCAGUAGCAGCUACAGCUACAUUGGCACUGGGGCUCGGGACAUCAGCUCAGAAGGCAGAGCUAAUAGCCUCACCCAAGCAUUACGCCCGCCCUCUCGGGGCCAUUCGGAUCCCCACUUUCCGCCCGCGCCUCUGAGCAGCACCCGCCUCCGCUGCCUCCAGAUCUCCUCCUUUGCCAACAGCAGCUGGACGCGCACCGACGGCUCCGCCUGGCUGGGGGCGCUGCAGACCCACUCUUGGAGCAAUGGCUCGGACAUCCACUUCCUGAGGCCCUGGUCCCAGGGCACGUUAAGCGACCAUCAGUGGGAGCAGCUGCAGCAAGUGUUCUGGGUGUACCGGAGAGGCUUCACCAGGGAAAUCCAGGGAUUCGCCAAAAUGCUGCACUUGGACUAUCCCUUUGAGGUCCAGGUGUUGGCUGGGUGUGAGGUGCACCCUGGAAGCCCCCUAAAAAGCUUCUUCCACUCAGCAUUUCAAGGAAGCGAUAUAUUGAAUUUCCAGCGAACUUCUUGGGUGCCAGCCCCCGAUGCCCCACAUUGGGCCGAGGUGGUCAGCAAGGAGCUCAACAAGGACCAAUACGUCAAGGACACAGUAGAGUGGCUCCUCAGUGACAUUUGCCCCCAAUUAGUGACGAGCCUCCUUGAAGCAGGACAGCAGGAUCUGGAGAAGCAAGUGAAGCCCGAGGCCUGGCUGUCCAGUGGCCCCCCUCCUGGCCCUGGCCGUCUGCUGCUGGUGUGCCACGUCUCAGGAUUCUACCCAGAGCCUGUGUGGGUGAGGUGGAUGCGGGGGCAGCAGGAGCAGCCCGGCGCUCAGCAAGGGGACGUCCUGCCCAAUGCUGAUGAGACAUGGUAUCUCCGAGUGACCCUGGACGUGGCGGCUGGGGAGGCAGCUGGCCUGACCUGCCGAGUGAGACACAGCAGCCUUGGAGGCCAGGACAUCGUCCUCUACUGGGGGUGA